ACUUAAAAUUUCUUCUAUUCCAAGAAUUUGCUCUACCCGUUUCAAUUCCUAGCUAAAAAAACGUAAAGCUUUCACCUUUCGUGUAGAUUUUCCCCUAAUUUUGCGAUGGAAUCAUCGAAGAAAAAACGCGGCAAGAAAAGGAAAAGGGCUCUCGAAACCCUUUUGCCCAAUUUUGACUCCGCCGAGGGAAUUAACCAAUCGGCAUUGAAGAAUCUGUAUAGCAUUCUUGUUAAGUUGUCUUCAAAUCCACAGUGGAAAAUCAAGUAUGUAGAAGGUUCUCAUGAAUUCGACCUAAGGAUAUGCAAUGAGGGAAUCAAACUGAAAUCCUGGGAUAUUUGUGAGCUCUCAGACGUGCUCUUUGAUAAACUAGAGGUGAGGUUUGAGCGAUUAUUCUCAGAGUUAACUGAGAAUAGCUCUAGUUCGGACUUAUUCAAUGCGGUGGAAGUGUUGAGUUUGCUGUUCAGAUGCUGUAUCUUGCUCUUGCCUUUGCUUGCUUUGCGGCAAAGUCUUGAACUUGAAAAGGGGGCGAUUCUUUGGAAGAUCGUCAGGAAGUUGAUGCUGCCUGGGCUGGCGAGGGACACGGGAAAACAUGCUUUUGUGUUCGAGGAAUCAGUUUAUAGUGAGAAUGGUUGCUCUGCGUCGUCUGUUGAAGGCUUCAGUGCUUCUAUCGAGUUCUUGGAGCCGUGUAAUCCUCUCCUCUUUUUGAAGUGUACGAUGCUCGAGGUAUUUGUGGAUGAGCUGUUGGUGCAUCGUCAAGUAACAGGAUACUUGAAGAUGAUCAGUUCCGCUGCUGCUGCCAGCGAUGCGCGAUUUAACCCUCCCUCGACUCAGGGUGAUGCCGGGUUUCUGAUGGAAGCAACCUGUAAUCAUUUCAUCCAGUCGUUUUCUGAUAAGCAAGCUUUCGGGGAUUUUCUGAGUCGACUAUUUUGCACACGUGAACAUCCCCUCCCACUUCCAGCAUUAAGUAUUACCGCAGCUGUGUCGUUGUUUCUCAACCCCAUCACAGAUUCUGCGCCAAAAUACAUGCAGGCUCAUUUGAUCUCAAUAGUUUCCGAAGCUUUUCAUGUCAAGAUUUUGAAAAAACCAGAUCGUAAGCUCACCAACUGCUUCCUAUCGGCUUUUGAGAAGUCGGUGGUUUUUUACACGAGGCACAUGUCUCGUCUGCAAACAGAUGGCUGGGGCUCGACGUUGAUUUUGUCAGACGGCCCUAUCCACCCUCCUUUCGAAUCUUACAUAUCAACAGAGACGAAAGAAAAGAUCAAUGCCCUCAUCUCCGGAUUAGACAGACCUUCAGACAAGGUCUUGGAGAGUAGUUUCUCUAGAACGAAAUCCGAUCUGGUUGGCACAUCCUUUAGAUUCUUGAAGGACUGCCAAAAAGCUUAUAGCGUAUCGUGCCAAGAAGAGAUCUUAGCCGUAUUGAGCUGCUUGGUGCUGAAAGCUUCUGAAAGCUAUAACGAUAAAUCAACACGACCAAUCGAGGGUGCAACUCUGCAGCACCUAUAUCUGCUCGCGUCAUUAUUGAAACUAAUGAGUGUAUCUUUGAUCCAAGCUAUUCGGUGUGUUAGGCACAGCAAUGAUUCGUCCCACCCGAUAAGCCUUAAAGACUUCUCCUCGUGCAAGGAAUAUGAUUUAAUUUUGAACGUGAUUGCUUGUUUCAAGGACUUCGACACAAGCUUACCUCUGCAACAAGAAUUGCAGAGCCUGAUGUCGAGCCAUGCCACAAGACAUGUCGAUUCCAAAAUGAUGUUUUUGCAUUUCUCAGGCCUGUUGUCGCUUAGCUUCGUUACGGGAAUUGAUUGCUUAGUGAAGGCCUGUUUGUUGACAAAUCUUGCGCUGUUGAAUCUGUUUGUCUUGGAGGAGGGAAACUUGGACGCAAUGCACUUGCUCGUUGAUUCGGGUGGAGAAUAUUUUUCGUCGGAGUUUCCAGUCGUUAGGUUCUCAGAGACGGUGUUCAAUCAAAGCUCCAGCCUUGUGAUCGCGUCAAAAUUUCAUAAGAUGCGGUCACUGCAUUCAAGUUUGAUGGGAAACAAACAUAACGAAAAGGAGAGCUUAUGCUCAGAAACUUUAGCUGAGGAAGAAACAGAGGAGACGUGCAGUGGAGAGAUCUUCUUGAAGUGUAUGUUACCGGGAAGUGAGGGUUUAGAUGAUUUGGUAGAUUUCAUUGAAUGCAAACAAGGGAAAGACUACACGUCUUGGUUGAAGAACCGCGAGAGAUUUCGCAAGUGGAGAUCGGAGAAGACGGCUGUUUUGAAGUGGAAGAGAAAGAAAAAGUCUUGGAAAAUCCGCUAUGGGAAGAGAAAUAGUUAGGCCAUCGAUGAGCUACGUAUUGAAGUUUCCUCUCCCACGACCUUUGUGCCUACAUUUUAAUGUCGAUGCUCGUGAUUUCUCUUUUGUUUACAGGCAUACAUGUUUCGACAUGUCAGCCUGGUCGUUCGGGAAAACUUGCUGCUUUAGCGCGUUUCAA